AUGGAGAAAAUAGUUAGCGACAUCAGCUACCUGGAAGUGUUGGUGUCCCUGAAUGGUCUUAUGGGCUUUGGAAAGAUAUUAGAAGACAAUGAAAAAUGGCUGAUGAAAGGAUUCAUUUCUUUCCUCACCUUCCCCUUCUUUCCUCCCCUGCAUUUGGACCUCCCAGCAAUCAGAAUAACAGAAGUGGACUGGCACCAAGAGAAAAACACGCGUGCUCACCACACUGAAGAGUACCCAGGCUCUGAGAUGGUGGUGAGGAGGGGCCAGAGGUUCACCCUCAGCUUCAGGUUUAGCAGGGCCCUGGAGAGUGAGGAGACUCUGAUAUUCACCGUGGAAACAGGACCCCAGGCCUCUGAAGCCCUCCAGACUAAAUGUGUAUUUGAAGCAUCAGAGUCCAAGCGCAAGGGUACUUGGAGAGCCAUGCAGGAGACCAGGGACGAGAAUUCUUUGACGGUCACCAUCUCCAGUCCUCCGGAUGCUGUCAUUGGUCAUUACAAGCUGAGUGGGAGGGUCUCCUCCCGGGCCAAACACAACAAUAAGAAAUUGGGCCACUUUAUUCUCCUCUUCAAUCCUUGGUGCUCAGAGGAUGAUGUCUACCUGGCUGAAGAGGAGGAACGGCAGGAGUAUGUGCUGAACGACAAUGGAAUCAUCUUCCGAGGAGUGGAGAAACACAUCCGAGCCCAGGGCUGGAACUACGGGCAGUUUGAAGAGGACAUUCUGAACAUCUGCCUCUCUAUACUGGACCGGAGCCCCAGCCACCAGGAAGACCCAGUCACUGAUGUAUCCCAACGAAACGACCCCAUCUAUGUCACCAGAGUGAUCAGUGCCAUGGUGAACAGCAAUGAUGACAAAGGUGUGGUCCAGGGCCAAUGGCGGGGCAAGUACAUCGGUGGGACCAGCCCCCUGCACUGGCGGGGCAGCGUUGCCAUCCUCUACAAAUGGUACAAGGGCAGGUUUAAGCCUGUCAAGUAUGGCCAGUGCUGGGUCUUUGCUGGAGUCAUGUGCACAGUCCUAAGGUGUUUAGGAAUUGCCACCCGGGUGGUCUCCAAUUUCAACUCAGCCCACGACACAGAUAAGAACUUAAGUGUGGACAAAUUUGUGGACUCAUUUGGGAGGACCCUGGAAGACGUAACUGAAGACAGUAUGUGGAAUUUUCACGUCUGGAAUGAAAGCUGGUUUGCCCGGAGAGACCUUGGCUCCUCCUACAAUGGCUGGCAGGUCCUGGAUGCCACACCACAGGAAGAGAGUGAAGGUGUGUUUCAGUGUGGGCCAGCCUCUGUCACUGCCAUCCGGGAAGGUGAUGUGCACCUGGCCCAUGAUGGACCAUUUGUGUUUGCUGAAGUCAACGCUGACUAUAUCACAUGGCUCUGGAAUGAGGAUGACAGCCGGGAGCGGGUCUACUCAGAUACUAAGAAGAUUGGCAAAUGCAUCAGCACCAAGGCUGUGGGCAGCAACACCCGUGUGGACAUCACCAGCCAUUACAAGUACCCUGAAGGGUCCCGGAAGGAAAGGCAGGUAUACAGGAAAGCAGUGAGGAAGCUCUUUGGGGUAGAAGCCUCAGGGAGAAGAGACAGGAUCCGGAGGGCCAGUGGCCGAGGCUGGGCCUCCUGGAGGGAUGACGUUCUGGAGCCAGCCAAGAAGCCCAACAUCAUGGGGAAGUUCAAGUUGCUGGAGCCCCCUGUCAUUGGCCAGGACAUCAAGCUGGCCAUCUGCCUCACCAACCUCACCUCCCGCCUCCAGAGGGUCAAGGUGAACCUGAGUGCAGCCACCAUCCUCUACACCCGGAGACCAGUGGCUGAGAUCCUGCAUGAAUCCCAUUCAAUCAAACUAGAGCCUGAAGAAGAGAAGAGGAUCCCCGUGGAGAUCUCUUACUCAGAGUACAAAGAAGACUUGACAGAUGACAAGAAGAUCCUGGUGGCUGCGAUGUGCCUGGUCUCCAAAGGCGAGAAGCUCCUGAUAGAGAAGGACAUCACCCUGGAAGACUUCAUUGCCAUCAAGAUGCUGGGUCCUGCUGUGGUAGGUGAAGUUCUUGCUCUGGAGGUCACAAUUGCCAACCCCCUGUCUGAGAGGGUAGAGGACUGCAUGCUCAUCAUGGAGGGCAGUGGGCUCCUCAGGGAGCAGCUCAACAUCGAUGUGCCAGCCCUGGAGCCCCAAGAGAGGGCCAGAGUCCGGUUUGAGAUCACACCUUACAAAAGUGGAAACAGGCAGCUGCAGGUGGAUCUCAUCAGCACCCACUUCCCAAACAUCAAAGGCUUCCUGGUCAUCCCGGUGGCCAUCACGAAGUGA